AUGCAACGGCAGACCACGGAAAACAUCUCUCGUCUCAAAGCCACGCUGUCAGCUCUCCUCAAAGACCCCGACUUCCUCCCAGACGGGGGAUUGUUCGGAUUCAGCCUUUCUCACGCUUACCCUGUCACUAGAGGCGAAACGGUCCUGAAAGAGCUUGUUCCGAUGCUCAAAGGCGAAGACCGGAUGAUUCGCGAUACCUGCUCAGAGCUCGGAUUAGGGGUUUCUGUCAAAAGCGUUAUCCGAGACGAUAAAACUGACCACGACUAUAGAUGGGAUCUCUGGAACGUACCAGAAGAAGCUCGUUACCCUCCUUGCAUCAUGAUGGACAAAGCUGAGGAUUUGGCGUCCUGGUAUCAAAUAGAAGACCCAUUGGUUGACUAUUUCGCGGAAAGGAAUAAAGGAACUCUACUUCAUCCCUUUGAUAAGAAAUAUGUUGAUAACAAUGUCCGGGAGUAUCACCGCGAUGAUCCCUUAAGAUCGAAGGCAGUUGUUUGGAUAUCGGAGUUGAAGGAGGAGAAAGGAGGAGGAUAUGAAUUGCCUUUUGUCGCGUAUGGAAACGAGGCGACGAUGAAGCUGGAAUAUGUUCAUUUAGUUUUAAUCGCUGCUUUUGGGCCCACGAAGGAUAGGCGUAAUUGGGAGGCGUACACCGGCGUUGAAGGGAUGAAGUUGUGA